GCUGCUCUUUGAUUCUUGAUUUCUAACGGAGUACGAUGUACAUAAAGUGGUAGAUCUCGCUGUUGUCAAGCAAGUGAAGGAUCUAAAUUUUCUUCUUAAGCUAGAGUUCUGUUGCUUGUAAACACUAUAUGUGAGAGUUCGUAAGUAGGCCUUUAUGAGAGUCCUCAAGUAGGCCUCACUAGCAGGUUAUUUGUUGGUCUAUCUCGGUGGAUCUCAGGUAUUCACGCGCAAGGUCAGGUAGGAUUGUUGUUGCUGUUGUCAUAUGUUCCUCAUAGUUGAGUACUUGCAGUAGAGCCAUUCAUUUUAAAUUUUGUCUUAAGUACCACAGGGAGUCAUUGUAGUGAGUUCCAUUAUAAUUAUUUUUGAAAACCCUAUUAGGAUAGAAGACUCAUUCAUCACCAUUAAACUGAAUUGUAGUACAAGGUUAAUACAGGACCAUUAUUAUGUUUAUUGCUUUAUUCAUAGGGUCAUAUUGUCUUGGGUGGGGGAUGUCCAGGGCAUGAACACCAUUACCCCUUGGUGCUGUGAUUGAGCUACAUGUAUCAGAUUUUCGAUAUUUCUACCCCAUCCAGUAUGCGGUUUUCUCUAGAUGUCUUCUAAAACAGUAGUCGCAGUUGAGCUUGUCAUAUUAUGAGUCUGCAGAGAUACUCAGUAGAACAUCUUAAGCUCACGUCCCCAUAAUGUUCGAUGACCCAAACAUUAUGCUGGAUAACUCAAACUUUCAUAUCUGGAAGCUCUGUGAGAAGUUUGCGGUGUAGGUUUACUAUCGUGGUGGUUCAAUAUUUGCGUUAGUCUGCCUUUUCCUCGUUCACCUUUGCAUUUAGCUCAUAAAUUCUGCUGGUCCGGUCUUCCAAGGUUUCCAUUUCACUUGGUUUGAGAUGACAUAUACAAAGAUCUAUUGUUGAUUGGCCAUGAUUUUAAUCAACACCUUAGAAGAGAUACAUGUGCAUAUAUAUUAUAUUCCACCAAUGUAUAUCACAUUGCUUAGGAAUGUCUGACUGUUAUAAUAUGGUAAAUAAUAAAAGGAUAUCUAACAAUGACGCUGCCUAUUAAAAUAUUUGAUGAUGAUGAUAAGGAAUUUUGUUGCAUCUGAGGUUGAUUAUUUUUUUAUAAGGAGUGGUUCAAUAAUGUUCUUGUAAGGUGAUUAUGUUGUGCAACUUGUGAAUGGGGCUUGUCUGAAGCUGUUGUCACAAGGUGAAGAGCUGAUGCAACAGCAAUAGAAGACAAGCUCAAAGAAAAUUGUAUGUUUGGAAUCUUUGAUGAGGAAUAAUCCUAGCAAGCUUCAUACCCAUUCUUUUGCUUUGGUUGAGAGUAUUCGGAUCGCUCUCUCUCUCUCUCUCUCUCUCUCUCUCUCUCUCUCUCUCUAUAUAUAUAUAUAUAUAUAUAUAUGUCCGUGUGUGUGUAAUGGCUUCAAACACUAAGGAGGUGGUCACUGAGUUUCUUCCGUUCUUCCGAGUCUACACAGAUGGCACCGUUGAGCGACUUGUAGGUUCUCCAUAUGUCCCACCAACACUUGAUGACCCAGGCACCGGUGUCUCAUCCAAAGACAUCUCCAUCUCCCCGGAUGUCUCAGCUCGGCUUUUCCUCCCAAAGCUUACAGACAGCCACCACGAAAAACUUCCCAUAUUGGUCUACUUCCAUGGCGGUGGCUUUUUGGUUGAAUCUGCCUUCUCUUUCCUUCACCACCGUUACAUUAACCUUUUAGUCUCCCAAGCCAAAGUUCUUGCAGUAUCAGUUGAAUUUAGGUCAGCCCCAGAACACCUUCUCCCCGCAGCUUAUGAAGACUCCUGGGCUACUCUCAAAUGGGUCUCCUCACACAAGUGUGGAGAGAACAUAGGUAAAGAGCAAUGGCUAGUUAACCAUGGCGAUUUUGAUCGAAUCUUCAUAGGCGGCGAUGCUACAGGGGCUAACAUUGCACAUAAUAUAACCAUGCGUGCAGGUGUUGAACGCUUGCACGGUGAUGUGAAAGUUUUGGGCACUUUUAUUUCUCUUCCUUUCUUCUGGGGAUCAAAACCUAUAGGGUCAGAGUCGAGCACGGGGCAUCAGCAGAAUAUGAUUUGCCGUGUUUGGAAAUUUGUGUAUCCAUCAGCUCUUGAUGGUAUAGACAAUCCGAUGAUUAAUCCGUUUGCUCCUGGAGCACCGAGCUUGUCGGGGCUUGGGUGUUCUCGGCUUCUCGUGUGUGUAGGUGAUAAAGACAUUUCGAAAGACAGAGGAAUUCAUUAUUAUGAUAGAGUGAGAGAGAGCGGAUGGGGAGGAGAAGUGGAGCUGUAUGAAGUGGAAGGAGGAGACCAUGGGUUUCAUAUCCGCAAUCCAGAAACUGAGAUUGCAAAAAAUAUGAUAAAGCGCUUGGCCUCUUUUCUCCACUUAAAUUAGUGUGCGCGCUCUUCAGAAUAUCUUACAUGUGCGUGUUCUAUUUUCAAUUUGUGUAUUUGGCUUUUUUUUCCUUUCUUCCUUAUCUUUUUUAAUCAGGAGAACUUUAAUUAAGAAGCAGCAGAAGUACGAUCAGAGCACAAGACUUCACUAAACCAGGAAGGCCAAGCUAGUAUCUGCAAAAGACGGAAGCCAUGAUCAUUGUUGAUCAUUAAAAUAUUAUUAAAAAAAAAAAAAACUGAAAAUUAAAAGAAAAAAAAAAAGUGAGUGACAAAGUUGACAUUUUACAGGUUAACUUUGGGGUGUUGGCACAUUAAUAUAGUUUUCUUCGGUAACAAAAUAAAAACUUCAUUGAGUGUGUGUGCUUUUAUCCUAAU